CAUACAGGGAGAGGUGCGAAAUGGAGGGAGGAAGAUAGAUAUCUGACUUUAGAAGACAAUAGAGGCUGUAAAAACUAUUGUUUAAAAAAAAAAAAAGUAGCUUACCUUCCACAUCCGGGUGCAACUAUCAAACAUCAGAUGAAUUCACCGCCUAACAGUGGCUUUCAAAACAGGCUUAGGCUAAAUCUUUUCGGGGAAAAAAAGCCACAAAGGAAUAGGCCUAGUCAUUCCAAAUAUAGCUAGCUUGUAUUAACUUGAGCAUCAUUUUUCUUUAAAAUAUGGAAAGGCAGCGUUAUGAUUAGGCUAUUUCAAAGCCAUUUCAUGACUAUGUGAAAAACAAGUAACGAGUGAUCAUGGAGAGCUUCUCAUCGCUGGUCCUGUCCAUCGCCGCCACCAGCUUUGUGACGUUCCAGUGUCUGUUCCACUUUGUCAGCCCCUGGAUCUCUGCUCAGUUCUUUCCUGGGUACCACCGUCUCAGUCCCAGACACACCAUAGAGUGGAACUCCAGAACUGUGUCUACGUUGCACGCCUUGAUAGUGGGGCUUUUUUGUCUCUACAUAUUACUUCAUGAUGAUGCAGUCAAUUAUGACCCUGUCUGGGGAGAUCCGUCACUGGUGAAAAUAAAUGUGGCCAUAACCUGUGGCUACCUCCUAUCAGAUAUGCUGCUCAUAUGUUACUAUUGGCGGGCGAUAGGGGACAAGUUUUUUGUAAUCCACCACCUGGCAGCACUCUAUGCUUACUACUAUGUACUGAGCACAGGAAUGUUGCCUUAUUUUGCUAACUUCCGUCUGGUCGCAGAGCUUUCCACUCCUUGUGUGAAUCAGCGCUGGUUCUUUGAAGUGCUUGGUUACCCAAAAAGAUCAUUACCAAAUAUGGUCAACGGCAUUGCCAUGACGGCAUCCUUCUUCCUGGUGAGGAUAGCGGUCAUGCCACUGUACUACAGCCGGAUGUAUGCCGUGUACGGGACGGAACCCUUCUACCGGGUGACCUUUGGUGGCCGCUGUGCCUGGAUGGGCCCCAGUUUCUGUCUAGACAUUAUGAAUGUGAUGUGGAUGCAUAAAAUGGCCCGUGGCUGCAUUGGUGUCCUGCGUUCUCCUGGAAAGGUGAAUGUGGAAAAGCUGCAGAAUGGGAAAGUGCACUGAGGGAUUGAAAAAGGCAAUGAUGGUGUUAUUUUAUUAUAUGUCUGCUUCAAAUGGUUCAUGGACAUUUUUGGAUCAAAUGGUUCAUGGACUGGAAAUGUCAUGAGAGUCCCUAUUAUCCCAUGACCAGCCCUAGGUAAAUUGCGUACCACUACACUUAUCUGCCUAGAAUACUUACAAUUAAACAAGCGCUAAAGUCCUCCACCAUGAUGGGAGGGGACAUCGUAAAAGCCAUUGGACUAUCUCCUCUUGGUCAUUACAGAUAGAGAGUAAGUGAAUGGACGGUGUGACAUCAUGGAUGGAAACAGACAGACAAAUACUCUUGUCUGCUGGACCCUUUGUUUCUAAAUUGUUUAUGUCCACCCAAAGGUGUCUUGUGCAUAUUGCCAAAAUGAUAUGAACUGACAUGGAUGAGAAUGGAAGAGGAGCUCACAUAUUUUUCUAAUGUUUAUGAAGCUGUAAAGAUGGCUCUUGCACAAAUAUCAUGAGAGAUAUGAACAAAAAUAACCUAAUUACUUACCUAAUUACUCAUUAAAUCUGUGUUUUCACCAGCAUUAGAAUGUAAAAGAUGUAUAUUAAUCAGACUCCUACUGAAGUCUCUGCUCAGGAGCCUGCUCAUGUUUGGAACAUACAGUAGGCCUAGGAAUUAUCAGUCAUGUGCAUAAAUUAUCAGGGUAGCUUAAGACGAACCAUAGCAAACAUGCCAGAUUGUGUCAUUUUAUCUCUAGAAGUGACCUUACUAAGUGAUUUAUGAUAACAGCCAUGAAAGUGCACUUAUGUCUAACCGACACACACACAGUAGAACUUCACACGAGCAACUUUGCAGAGUUAACAAAUGAUUGAUAAUACUUCAUUAUUAACUGUUGAAACAGAGCUUCAUAAUGUGAAAUCCCUGUUUGAUUUCUGGAUGAGAAUAUGUUAUUUAUUGUGACAUUUACAGCCAUGGUAGUUUUAAUAUUUCAUUUUUUUAAAAACACAUUUUAGUAAUGUACUCUUCUUUGAGUAAGUGAUAACUAAAUGUCCAUAGCUGCUUUAAAUAGUCUUCAGUUGUCAUUCAGUUGUCAGCAGACAACAUGUGUUUGCUUGUGUCUGCUGUUGAGAUGUCCUGCUCUCGUGUGGAGACAAUGCGGGACUGCAAACAUUGUAUUUUCCAUUUUGUCAAGACUGAACGUACUCAAAGGGAGGGUACAGUGGGCAAGGCGCAUUGAGCAAUAUUCAUAAACAAAUGAUUGAUGUUAACCUUGGUUUGGUGUAAUUUGGUCAUCACAUUGUUUUGUCUAUACUUAUGGCUACUUUGCCCACCAUUAUUACCUCUGUCUGUUGUUAAAAACGUGCUAUUAUGCAUGCGUGUAUUUUUUUUGGAAUUUGAAUUACAUUAAAUACUUUGAUUCACUCACAA